AGAUAUACUCCACUUGAAGCUGGGAAAGCUCACCAAGGUCUGCCUGUCAAAUGCGUAUGAGAUUCCUGAUAUUUCAAAUUGUUAAUGGCAUUGACCUUCGUGGAGCCACACAUGAACAGGCAGCAGCUGCACUGAAGGGAGCCGGGCAGGUGGUCACCAUUGUUGCUCAGUACAAACCAGAAGAAUAUGAACGUUUUGAAGCCAAAAUCAAUGACCUUCGAGAACACAUGAUGAACCACAGUUUGAGCUCUGAGUCAGGGUAUCUGCGAACCAAUCAGAAGAGAUCACUCUAUGUCAGGGCACUGUUUGAUUAUGAGAAGUCAAAGGACAGUGGACUACCAAGCCAGGGGCUGAGUUUCAAGUAUGGUGACAUCCUUCAUGUUACCAAUGCAUCAGAUGAUGAGUGGUGGCAAGCCUGCCAUGUCACCAGCCAUGAAGACAGCAAGGAGAUAGGAGUCAUUCCCAGCAAGAAAAGAGUGGAACGGAAGGAGCGGACACGUCUAAAAACUGUGAAGUUUAAUGCCAGUGCAGGAUUGUGUGAUUCAAAAGUGGACAUCGUGGGAAUAGGUGAUGAUGGGUAUGGGACAAGGACAUUCAGAAGUCAAGAUGAUGUAAGACUCUCUUAUGAAUAUGUGCUACGCCAAGAAAUUGAUUAUGCUAGACCUGUCAUCAUUCUUGGACCCAUGAAGGACAAAAUCAAUGAAGAUCUGAUUGCGGAGUUUCCAGACAAGUUUGGUUCUUGUGUCCCACACACCACAAGGCCAAAAAGGAGCUAUGAGGUUGAUGGGCAAGAUUAUCUCUUCGUGAUGUCCAGAGAGCAGAUGGAGAAAGACAUCCAAGAGCACAAGUUCAUAGAAGCUGGACAAUACAAUGACAAUCUUUAUGGGACCAGUGUCCAGUCUGUAAAAUAUGUAGCUGAGAGGGGCAAACACUGUAUUCUGGAUGUCUCUGGAAAUGCUAUUAAACGACUUCAAGCAGCACAGUUGCAUCCGAUAGCCAUCUUUAUAAAACCUAAGUCUGCUGAUUCAUUAAUGGACAUGAAUAAGAAAUUGACUGAGGAACAAGCAAAGAAGAUAUUUGAAAAGGCUGUGAAGCUGGAGAGGGAGUUUGGAGAAUUCUUUACAGCUCUGGUUCAAGGAGACACCUUAGAUGAUAUUUAUCACAAGUCUAAACAAGUCAUUGAUGAACAUUCAGGACCCUACAUCUGGAUUCCAUCAAAUGAAAAAUUUAAAUGACUCAUGACCUUGAAAGGUAGUCCUGGCUUCUGGGAGCAAGAUGCAAGCAGUCAUUUCUAAACCUGUAAAACUGUCAUUUUUACUGUUACUCUUAUUUUAUUCCAUUUUUUCCCUCCACGACUUUUUUUGUUAAUGUCACCUAAAAGAAUGUGGAUUUUUUUUUUUCCUUUUGUUUGUAUGUUUGUUUGAUUUUUGUAAAUAUAGAAUAGAAUAUUCUAAUAUAUAUUCUAAAAAUUACAUUUUUUUCCAACAUACACUUGCUUGUGAAUAAAAUCUUAGGACUGAUUCUGCUAUGGCGCCGCACAGAGGUGCAUCGGCUUCUCGCGCUCCCCAGAUUAAGCUAUAUUUUAACAUCUGUGAGGCUGCAACAUCAGUGACAACUGCACGGCUGAAGUACAGGCUCAGUCGAACUGAUGGCAAUUGGAUACAGUUCGGGUGUUAAUAUAUCACCGAGGCUACAUUCUGCACUUGGGAGACAGCGGCUCCUCGAACAACGGACUGGUACAGCAGGGUGAAAGGAGCAACGGUCAAAAGGAAACGUUGUACCAGAAAACAGAAGAUUGGGAAGCGGGCGGGCGGACACGUUGGCCCAGCUGAAGGCGAAGAAAAAAAUAUAAAUUGCCCCUGGGGCCCUCUGGUGGCCGCGGUAGGUACCGCACGCUUCGCCGGUGUCAUGAGCUGCCUGCAAUGCGUAUCAAAACGUCCAAAGCUCCGGUCAGAAGUUCAGUAAGCAAAAUAAUGUCUCAAAAAGGACCUCCCCUUCGGGGAGGGAGAAAAGAAAGAGCAAGAAUAGAAAAAGCCUAGAUAAAGGGUUGUUUUAAUGUGUCUUGGUAAUAUAAUGUAAAAUAUUUGUAAAGCUGCUCAUAGAAAAUUACCUUGAUAGCGACCUGGACCGGUCCAGUUCAACAGCCAAACAUUUGUGCUAGGGUCUUUGUGUUUGUGUGAAACUGAGUUUUAACUUUAAAUGAGUUGAUUCUCCUGCUUUGCUCUGUAUAUUUCUGAGGUAUUUCUGGCUUCAAAAUGCUGUAUUUGAUAACUUUGAUAACAAUCAUUAAAACUUCUCAAUGUUUGACAUUGUCUAGCAAAAUGUUUUUACGUCAGGCUACAUAGCUGCUACAUGAUGAGCUGCUCUAUGCUGUAGUUGGGGACAUGUUGUUUGCUGCUGAGCAAAAUCAUUUUGUGGCUAAAACAAACAUUAUUUUUUACAUCAACAUCUAAGUUAUGUAAAACUUCUGUUAAAAUCAUUUGAAAGCUCAGAAUCAGUCCAGUAUCAAUCCACAUUCUCAGGGGAGAAAGACUCACCUGGUAUAAAUUUUAUUUUUACUAAUUGGAGUAACGCUUAAGAGGAAUGUAUUUAAUUAAUGAAUGUCAUGAAUAUGUGUGUAUGUAUUCCAUCUUAAGUAGGCACUGAUUGCAGUUUUCUGGCCGAUCCCUGCUUACCAAUCUCUAAAAUGCCUGACCUGCCAAUUUUGAUUUUGGCUAAUAUGAAUAAUUUUUGUCUGAAAUGUUCGUUGGCAACAGUGGGGUGAAUAUUGUUAACUGCAAACUUGCAGACCUGACCUGGUGGUUUGGUCUGUCGGUCAAACCUCUGACUGUAGAGCACCAGAGGACAGAGACUGAUUUUUCAACCUUUGCUAACGAAGAUAAGAUUAUGAUAAGAUUAUUAUGUGUGAAUGACCUAAUGAUCGGUCCACAUUGUUAGCAGAACUAGAGGGCCCCAAAACCACAUUUCGCUUAGGGCCCCAUGGAGGCUUGGGCCGGCCCUGAUAGGAAGACGCCUGUUCCGACUCUGUUUCUGGCUUUGUCCCCUCGCUGGAUAACAAAGUGGAUUUGUUACAUCCGAGGCUGAGAGUUUCUGCAGAGAUGAAGAACUGUGUUGUUCUUUGCCUAACUGAAACCUGACUAAACAGCAACAUGCCAGACUCAGCCUUCCAGAUCGCCCCCUGCACCUUCAGCCACUGGACAGUUUUCUUUUUGUGUGUGUUCAUGGACUCUGGCCCUCCUUCCGACGCCUCUCCGCCCACCCUGGUUGGCUUGUUUUUUGUUUUUCUCAAAAAUGUUUGGAGUUUCUAGGAGUGAGCUGUCGUUUAUGUUUUCUUACUGUUCUCAUGUAUUUCUAUAUUAGGGAGGUAAGUUUGUGUCAUUUGGUUUAUUUACUUUCAAUAAGGUACGUUUUGGUUAAUCUACAGAUAGUUUCCUUUUGUUUGUUGU